ACACGCGUCCUGAAUAGCAGUUUUGAAUUACAGAAAAUGGAAGCUCAACUUUCUGUCGUUACUUGAUAUGACGCCGGCUCUGAGUGCGUUAUCUCCUUCACUGUUCCUGAUCGACAACAGGGAGUGAAGUUAGGGGCAGGGAGUAGCUGGGCCAGCACUUUAGACGGGAGGAGCGGCGCGCCGGGGCUGCGGCUGGGAGCGGCGAGCAGGAUGGUGGGGUGGGUGAAGGAGCACCGGCCGGUCCUCAGCAUGGUGGCCGUGCAGGUCUUCAUCGCCGGGAUGCUGCUCCUCUCCAAGGUCGUUCUCGACAACGGGAUGUUCGUCUUUGCCUUCUUGACCUACCGGCACUUGGUCGCCGCGGUGUUCGUCUCGCCCUUCGCCUACUUUCUCGAGAGGAAACAAAGACCCAAGUUGACACUCGAAGCCAUGUCCUGGAUCUUCGCAUGUGGUGCAUUUGGUAUUACCAUGGGAAUUGGCUUUUACUACUACGGUAUAUUCUACACUUCUGCUUCAUUUGCAGCCAACUUCCUGAACACCAUUCCAAUCGUGACGUUCCUUCUUGCGGCAGUUCUGAGAAUGGAGAAGGUAGGGCUAAGAACUGUAGCAGGAAAAGUGAAGGUGUCAGGAACGAUUAUCUGUGUGGGAGGAGCAACAAUGAUCACAUUAUAUAAAGGGUCAUCCUUCAAGCUCUUUCCUGCACCACUCUGGCAUCAUCACCAACCAGUUGGAGCCAACGCAGAGAGAGCAAACUGGACUACAGGAUCUCUUAUGUUGGCUGCCAGCAGCCUGAGUGAUGCCUUAUGGUUCAUUGCUCAGGUCAAAUUACUGAAAGUAUAUCCUGCAAAAUAUUCUGCAACAGCACUCACUUGUUGGGCGGGAACCUUGCAAUCAGUUGUGAUUGGCUUUGCCAUGAGAAGAGACCCAUCAGCAUGGAAGUUGGGAUUGGACCUACGGCUAAUUACCAUAAUCUACGCGGGAAUAUUGACAUCUGGGGCAACUUUUUGUUUGAUUACAUGGUGUAUCAGCAAGCGAGGCCCAAUCUAUGUCACCAUGUUUAGCCCUCUUGUUCUCGUCCUUGUGAGCAUCUCAGAGUCCCUCUUUCUCGGCGAAAGACUUUAUGUUGGAAGUAUAUUGGGAUCCAUUUUCAUAAUAGGAGGGCUAUAUGCAUUCCUUUGGGGAAAGAGCAAAGAGUCAACACUUCAAGCGACGUCCCAUGAGGCGGACAAUCGACACAGUUGUGGAGUCGGGAACUCUCUCACAAAUUCCGUCUCUUCAACGUCAGAAACCGCCAUGAAUGAAAAGGGCAAAGCUCGUGAGCAGCAUAAUCAUGGAGAAGCGCUAGGAAAAAAUGGCAAUGAUUUGACAUCCCAAGAAGAGAUAUUGUGAAAGAGGCUGCUAUUACAAGAACUAGGAUAAUUAAUCAUUUAGUCAAUCUUUGUGAGUUAUUA